UCCGCCGCAGCCCCCCAAUGCAGCCGCGAGAAGCCGCGGGGGGGCCGGCGAUCGAAGCCACUAGAAGCAUCAUCUCCCAGAAGACCGCGGUUCUGGUGACAAUGGAGGCUUCUCUGUCCUUCCCGUGACUGGAGCAAUGCUGACCUCGGUUUCCUGGACCCAUUCUGACUCAGGAGCCUUCACCUAAAUGGGUCCAGUCAUGCCUCCCAGUAAGAAGCCAGAAAGCUCAGGAAUUAGCGUCUCCCGUGGGCUGAGUCAGUGUUACCGGGGCAGCGGCUUCUCCAAGGCCCUUCAGGAAGACGAUGACCUCGACUUUUCUCUGCCCGACAUCCGAUUAGAAGAGGGGGCCAUGGAAGAUGAGGAGCUGACCAACCUGAACUGGCUGCACGAGAGCAAGAACUUGCUGAAGAGCUUCGGGGAGUCGGUGCUCCGGAGCGUCAGCCCCGUCCAGGACCUGGACGAUGACACGCCCCCGUCGCCCGCCCACUCUGACAUGCCCUACGAUGCCAGGCAGAACCCCAACUGCAAGCCCCCCUACUCCUUUAGCUGCCUCAUAUUUAUGGCCAUCGAGGACUCUCCGACCAAGCGCCUGCCAGUAAAGGAUAUCUACAACUGGAUCUUGGAACAUUUCCCGUAUUUUGCAAAUGCACCUACUGGGUGGAAAAACUCAGUGAGACACAAUUUGUCGUUGAAUAAGUGUUUUAAGAAGGUGGACAAAGAGAGGAGUCAGAGUAUUGGGAAAGGGUCAUUGUGGUGCAUAGACCCGGAGUAUAGACAAAAUCUAAUUCAGGCUUUGAAAAAGACACCUUAUCACCCACACCCUCAUGUGUUCAAUACACCUCCCGCCUCUCCUCAGGCAUAUCAAAGCACAUCAGGUCCACCCAUCUGGCCGGGCAGUACCUUCUUCAAGAGAAAUGGAGCCCUUCUACAAGAUCCUGACAUUGAUGCUGCCAGUGCCAUGAUGCUUUUGAAUACUCCCCCUGAGAUACAAGCAGGUUUUCCGCCAGGAGUGAUACAGAACGGAGCGCGGGUUCUGAGCCGAGGGCUGUUCCCCGGAGUCCGGCCAUUGCCAAUCACUCCCAUCGGAAUGACGGCCGCCAUGAGGAACGGCCUGGGCAGCGGCAGGACACGGACAGAGAGCGAGCCGUCGUGCGGCUCCCCGGUGGUCAGCGGGGACCCCAAGGAGGAUCACAACUACAGCAGUGCCAAGGCCGCCGCCGCCAGGAGCGCCUCGCCCGCCAGCGACUCGGUCUCCUCCUCCUCCUCGGCCGAGGACCACGACGAGUUUGCCACCAAGGGGAGCCAGGAGGGCAGCGAGGGCAGCGUGCAGAGCCGCGAGAGCCACAGCGAGGCGGAGGAGGACGAGCGCAAGCACGGCCCCCGGGAGGCCCCGGGCGACGGCGGCUGCGCGGCCCCGCACAAGAAGCGCCAGCACCUCGCCAAGGCCCGGCGGGUCCCCAGCGACACGCUGCCCCUCAAAAAGAGACGCACGGAGAAGCCCCCCGAGAGCGACGACGAGGAGAUGAAGGAGGCGGCGGGGUCGCUCCUGCACUUGGCAGGGAUUCGGUCCUGUUUGAACAACAUCACCAAUCGGACGGCAAAGGGGCAGAAAGAGCAAAAGGAAACCACGAAAAAUUAAAAAAACAAGUCACUGAUUUGUUUUGAACUGAACGGCCAUUUGGUUUCAGCAUGUCAGGAGAUUUCUAAUGAUUUGUGGCAAUAUCAGCAAUUUCUUUUUUUUUUUCUUUGUUUUGGGUUUGGUUUUCUUUCUUUCCUUUUUUGUUUUCUUUUCUUCUCUAAUUUGCCCCCCCCUCCUUUGUUUUGGACCCUUGAGAAUUUUACGUUUAAAGGAGAUUGAAGCCAUAGACUCAUUGACAUUCAGCUGUUUUACAAACGCUUCUCAUUAUCUGAAGACAAAACCGAAAAAGCCAAAAUUUAUCAUUGCUUCCUCCCGCUGGCCCGAGGCCGUGGCUGGGUCCGCAGGGGUGUCGAGGAUGCCGCGGAAAGCCCGUGUUUGGCACCUGCAAGGCAAAGUCAUCACCGGUCAGGCCUAACCGUUAGGUUUACAAGGUCAGGAUGUCCACCCAGUGGGGUUCACUGAGUGAAUGUGCGUGAGGCAACUGGGGAGAAGGAAGAGCCCCUCGCCCCCCAGGAGCAGGCCCCAGCUUGUGGCACCAGGCAGCGUCUUGUGCCAGGAAACCCCGGGCACUGCCGCUCAGCGUGCGGGGUGGGGGCGGGGUCCCCGGGCCUCAGUGCUUCUUAAUCCUGAAGCCUCCUGGUGUCUGGCGGUGGACACUGGACCAUUCACGGACACUGGUGUCAAUGACUAAGGAAAGGAAAUGGGGUCAGUUUUUAGUGAUGUUCCUAAUCAUUGAAUUCUGUUCUAUCUGAAAUUAAGAGAAUGUUCCACAAGCCAUAAGCCUGAAGGGUUGGCCCUGCCCACACACACACACAUACAUACAUACACACACACGAGAGUGAGAGAAAAGCCACAGACAGGCUGUUUUCUUAACUGCCCAAGUGAAAAUCAAGUCCAAGAAAUUACAAUAGUUGUCAAGGAAGGAAAAAAUGGUACAAACCUUUUUUUUGUCAAAACUAUUUGAUCCAAGCGGAGGAAAAAAAAAAAAAAACAAGCAAAAAGCUAUGGAACCUGCCAUUAGUACUGUGGUCUAUUUUUUAAAGAUGAAAGGCACAUUAAUGGACACACACACACAAAAAAAAAAAUGUGGCAAAAAGGCAAAAGAAAACUCCUAUACUGCCCUCAAAAUGGAGUUUGCAGAUCAUGUCAGUCAGGAUUCAUCUUUGCAAAAAUCAUUGAUUUCCACAGUCAGCCCGUUGUAGCCAGCAGAAAUUUCCGAUCCACAAUGCAUGGAUUCCUUCUAAAAGAAAAAGGAAAAAAAAAUCAUAAAAACAAACUUUUUUUUAUUCAAAAAUAAAGUUCUUGUAAGGUAAAUAAUGUAUUUAGCAUGAAGCAUGAAUUAUUUUCAUAUAAAUAUAGAAAAUAGAGAAAAGGCUAUGCCUCUAAUGUUUAAGCCCUUAGGCUUAGAGGUUCUUUGGGUUUUCUUUUUGUUUUGUUUUUCCUUUUGUUUUGUUUUGGUUUUUUUCCCAAUUAUUUUGUUUUGGUUUUUUGAAGCAGGUGUUUAAGGUUUAACCUUCUUCAGGGACAAAUUCUGACUGUUGGGGAACUAACUCUGCAAUAUAAAACUAUUUCAUGUUCCGGUAGGGCCUGCCUUGUCUGCACUUCAGCCCCAACCCCCUUCUGAUUCUCUGUGGAAAGUGUGUCCUUUCUCUAGUGUCUGGACAUGUUUAUCAUGAUGCAAUAAUUUGAGGGCAAACUUCGUAGCGAGUGUGUAUGAUAGAAUCGAGAGAAUUAGGGGACGCUGACUGGGGAAACCAUCACCGCAAUUUGGUCCUAGGAAAAAGGCAGUGGAUAAUUAUGCAAAUUCGUCAGGAGAAGGGAAACAACGCUAAUGGGCCUUAUUAGAUGAGGGUGUGAGUUAGGGGUCACGCGAAGGAGGAAGCGACACAGGUGUGGGAAGGACCAGCCCACAGUUUUCCUGUGACUCCCUGUCACAGUGGGAAGGAGGGGCCGGCCAUCUCUACCACCUCCCCACACAAACCAGCCUGGAUCUAAGCCCAUCUAGACUGUGAGAGCGAAACUUAGACCACAGGACGAUGUCCCGCAGCCCAGAAACUCCUGUUCUCUUUGCCUAAAGAUGAUUGGGGGAGACCCAAAGAGAAGCCUAAGAAUGUGAUCUUCCACCCGAGUGGAGGGGAAUUGUAAGACACCAACAAAAACACCCACCACUGUGGCUCAGGAUGUGACGGGGAGGGACAGCAGUGGGUCGUGUUGAUCUUUAAAAACGGGGCAGGGAGACUGCUGCGUGCCUCGUGCUCAGCUUCCUGUGGUUGCUGAUGAGAGACCCUGAAGAAGUCACCUGCACACCAGGUCGACUUCGUUAUCUGAACCUGAACUCUUCCCGCAUAUUCGGCCAGGGGGGAGAAGGGAGUAAGGAUAUAGUUUUGAAGUACUCCGUUCCCUCCAUCUCACCCAACAUUCGACACCCCAAAAGCCAUGCACAGCUCUGAAACCCGAGGGACACCGGUUUGUGUUGUCACCUGAUCAAGCCCAGGAAACCCCCCCUCUCCCCGCCAGGUAAAAUGUAGACUUCCCUCCAGAAAGGCAGAUACAGGUUCAGGACUGUUUCUGGCGAGGGAGGGGGGCGGUUCUUCCGAUUUAAACCCCCCACGGUGGGCUGUCUCCCCUCAUUUCAUUUUUCUAAAGGAGCAAAGGCCUCUUUUAGAAAAUAAUAAAAUGCAAUGUGUGUGAUUUA